AGUUAGGGCAAGAGGGUGUGGGAAAACAAGAGGGUGUAGAAUAAUAUCUACCCACUAAUUCACCUUAAAUAUCCAAUUUAAUGCAAUUUUCUCAUCUCAAUUCCAUACCUUUUCACCUUCUGCGCUAUGGAAAUGGACUCCAAACCAUGCUGGAUGAUGUGGGAAAACAAGAACAAAAAGAAGAGGAAUUUAACCACUUCAAUCAACCAAGCUUCAUGGGAAGAAGAAGCCUUUGCUGAGGAUGCUGCUGCGGGUCAUCUCGGCGGCUGCGUUUGGCCCCCCAGAUCCUACUCUUGUAGCUUCUGCAAAAGGGAAUUCCGGUCGGCUCAAGCUCUGGGUGGUCACAUGAAUGUCCACCGCCGUGAUCGGGCUAGAUUAAAGCAUCAAUCUUUCAAACCCCAAAUCGAUCUUCAACAACACCCUAAAACAAGCCACGAUUUCCUCAAGGAUCAGGCCGCUGUUUGUACCAAGAGAAAGAGACCCGAUCACGUGCCGGCCACUCUGGCUUUCCUUUUCCGAUCAGAGGUAAUUGGACUUACUCAUACCUCCGUUGAGGAUUUGGAUCUUGAGCUCCGCCUUGGCGGCGCUAGAUAAAUAAAAUUGCACCGCCGUGACUUUGUUAUU